AUGACUAAUUUACUCAAACUUGUCUUCAUCGGAUUUAUAUUCAUAGUCAGUGUUCAUGGAGCAAGUGUGUUGGCUGGGAAUUGCUCAUUGGCGGAUAAAUCCCAUGCAAUUUCGUGUGGAUUGCGCGCCAAGGAGUUUGGAGAGAAAGUUAAGAAUCUUGAUGAUGACAAUGAAGAUCAGAUGAAAGAAUUUAGAAGAUCGUGUGAUGCUCUUAAAGACUGCACUCGUACUCUUGGGCACUGUGGAGCAAUGCAAGAUGAAGACACAAAGAAAGGGUUCGAUUACAUGAAUUCGAUCUGCACUCUCAUUGAGUUUGGAGCCACCGAGUUCAAGAGUUGUGAUGAUAAACUUGAUAAAACCGAAUCGAAAUGCGUCAAGGAUUAUAAUCCCUUCCAGAUUCAACAGGACUUGUUUGAAAAAUCAGAUAUAACGGAAACAUGCAGUAACCUUUUUGGAAAGGAUAAUUGCUUCAAAAAGGCAGUUACUGAUGCUUGUGGUGCCAACGAAUGGGAGAAACUUAAGCAACGUUAUCUUUCAUUGAAUGACCGCGUCAAGAAAUGCAAUUUUGAGGGAACCGGAGGUGUUUUAGCUGGGGAUUGCUCAUUGGCGGAUAAGCACCAUGCAGUGUCGUGUGGAUUGCGCGCAAAGGAAUUUGGAGCGCAAGUUAAGAAUCUCGAUGAUGACAAUGAGGAUCAGAUAAAAGAAUUUAGAAAAUCGUGUGAUGCUCUUAAAGACUGCACUCGUACUCUAGGACACUGUGGAGCAAUGCAAGAUGAAGAGACAAAAAAAGGAUUCGCUUACAUGAAUUCAGUCUGCACUCUCAUUGAGUUUGGAGCCACCGAAUUUAAAAGUUGUGAUGAAAAACUUGAUAAAACCGAAUCAAAAUGUGUUAAGGAUUAUAACCCCUUCCAGAUUCAACAGGACUUGUUUGAAAAAUCAGAUAUUACGGAAACAUGCAGUAACCUUUUCGGAAAGGAUAAUUGCUUUAAAAAAGCAGUUACCGAUGUUUGUGGUGUCAACGAAUGGGAGAAGCUUAAGGAACGUUAUCUUUCACUGAAUGACCGGGUCAAGAAAUGCAAUUUUGAGGGAAUUGUUUAA